AUGGAUUCGCCUGGGAACCUAACCUUCUCCCUCUCCACCCCGUCCCCUCUGGAGACCAACCUCAGCCUGGGCACCGAAGACUCGCGCCCUAAUCCAGUGCACCUCUCCGUCUUCGGGGUGCUCGUGGUGAUCUUGCUGGGCUUACUGGUGGCCGCGACGUUCGCCUGGAACGUGCUGGUGCUGGCGACCAUUGCCCGCGUGCGCACCUUCCACCGCGUCCCGUACAACCUGGUGGUGUCCAUGGCCCUCUCCGACGUGCUGGUGGCCACUCUGGUCAUGCCACUGAGCCUGGUGCACGAGCUGUCCGGGCGCCGCUGGCAUCUGGGCCGGCGGCUGUGCCAGCUGUGGAUCGCGUGUGACGUGCUCUGCUGCACCGCCAGCAUUUGGAAUGUGACCGCCAUCGCGCUGGACCGCUAUUGGUCCAUCACCCGCCACUUGGAGUACACGCUGCGCACACGCAAGCGCGUCUCCAACGUCAUGAUCGCGCUGACCUGGGCGCUGUCGGCGGUCAUCUCCUUGGCGCCGCUGCUCUUCGGCUGGGGGGAGACCUACACCGAGCGCAGCCGGCAGUGCCAGGUGAGCCGCGAGCCCUCCUACGCCGUGUUCUCCACCAUGAGUGCCUUCUACGUGCCCCUGUGCGUGGUGCUGUUCGUCUACUGCCGGAUCUACAGGGCCGCCAAGCUGCGGCUGAGCCUCAGGAAGAACAGCGUCUAUCCCGCGCCGAGGGCUGCGGAGGUGGGUAGGGUCCCUGCUCGGGAGCCCCAGACGCUGUUCACGGUCCGCAACGCCACGGUCACCUUCCAGACGGAAGGCGACACCUACAGGGAGCAGAGGGAGCAGAGAGCGGCCAUGAUGGUGGGCAUUCUCAUCGGGGUGUUUGCCCUCUGCUGGAUCCCCUUCUUCACCACGGAGCUCGUCAGCCCCCUCUGCUCCUGCGACCUCCCCGCCAUCUGGAAGAGCAUCUUCCUGUGGCUGGGCUACUCCAACUCCUUCUUCAACCCCCUGAUCUACACGGCGUUCAACAAGAACUACAACACCGCCUUCAAGAACUUCUUCUGUAGACAGCACUGAGUCCCAGCGCCUGGGAUGACAAAGGGCUAUUUCCGUAACUCAGUGAAGUGUCCAGUGUGGUCUGUGUCCCCCACCCCAGCCAGCACCGUGUAGGAGACACUAGUCCUUCACCUUCCCCUGGGUGGCCCCUGAUGCCCCACUUCCCCACCGCUAGCUAGGAAGGUGCCGUUCGGCGACCUUCUUUGUCUCAUUGAGCUCGUGUUUGCCGCUCUGCGCCUAACAGCUACCGCCGCUGCCCGCCAAGUGCUCCUCCCUCUCCCAAAUCUAGCAUGGCCAUCACCCUUGUGCCUGAGCAGUUCAACAGGGCAGGAGAGAGGGAGACAACAAAACAAUCUGGGCAGGGUGCGCGAGGGUUUGCAGAACGCAUAGGAAGUGACAAUGGCAAGGUCUGGGGCGGGUCUCGGAACCAUCAUUCCGCGGUGUCGUGAGAGAGUCCCCAUUUCACACGUUCCUCCCACGGUCCUCAUGAGUUCCGCCGAGUAGUUCUCGUGUGUGUUCUAGUAUGUGACCACAAACUAUUGUCUCUAAA